AUGGCGGCGAGCUACAGCGACGCCCCUCUCUCCACCAUCGACGUCGGCGCCCUCACGGCGUCGCGCUUCCUCCUGCGCGAGCAGCGCCUCUUUCCGUACCGCGACGGCGAGGGCAGAGUCGCUCUGAGCCUCGUGCGCGAUUCGCUUGCCCGACUCUCUGAGACUGACUCAGCCGUGCUGGCCGGGUCUGGCACCACGUUCGCCGAGCUGAGCGCAAAGCUGUCCCGGCUCGAGAGGCUGCCGCCGGCCGUGCUCCGAGAGCUGCAGGCGCCAGCGGUGGCCGUGUCGCCGGACGGGGCCCGGCCACCGCACUGGAUUCGAGACUCUGGAGGGUAUGGCGGGGACGCGGGUGCUGUGUUUGCCGACGGGUCGGUGGCGCCGUCGCGGAAGAAGAAGCGCACGAGGCAGCGGCCGUGGAGCUGCGGCAGCUGCGAGGGCUGCCUGCUGCUGGAGGAUUGCGGCACGUGCGCCGGUUGCGUCUUCAACGAUCGCGCGGCGCGGGAGGAGGAGGGGCGCUGCCGCUGCGUCGCUUGCGGCGCGACGCGGACGCCGAAGUGGCGAGGCGACGGAGGGAAGCCUCGAGUCGAGAGAUGGUGCUAG